AUGGCUCCAGGUCCCGGUCGGUCCUACCUGCAGCAGGUGGUCCUGGAGAUCCUUGAGACGGAGCGAGUUUAUGUUGAAGAUCUGAAGAUGAUGGUUCAGGAUUACCUGGGACAUCUCAUUGACCAAUCAGAGCUCAGUGUGCGGGCGGAGCAAGUGGGGGCACUGUUUGGUAACAUUGAGGAGAUCUACGCUUUCAACAGUGGUCUCCUUGUGGACCUUCAGAGCUGUGGACUUGAUCCUGUAGAAGUUUGUCGCUGCUUCGUCCUGAAGAGUGAAGACUUCAGGAUCUACACUCAUUACUGUACCAACUACCCCAGGUCUGUGCAGGUCCUGGCUCAGGUCUUGAAGGAACCGUCCUGGUCCUCAUAUCUGUACCAGCGUCAGAAGGUCCUGCAGACCCCUCUCCCUCUGGGGUCAUACCUCCUCAAACCAGUGCAGAGGGUCCUGAAGUACCACCUCCUGCUGAGGCAGAUGCAGCUGCACUGGGACCAGGACGACGAGGGGGAGCGCAGGGGCGGGACCAGGGCCAUGGUGGAUGCCGCCGUUGUCUCCAUGACGACUGUGGCCUGGUUUAUUAACGAGAUGAAGAGACGCCACGAAUCCAGCGUGCGAGUCCAGGAGGUCCAGUCUCUUCUACUGAACUUCAAAGGUCCAGACCUGACCACGUUUGGUCACCUGGUUUUGGAGGGAACCUUCAAGAUGAACCAUGUGAGGAGCCACAGGAACCUGUUCCUCUUCCACAAGGUCCUCCUGCUGACGAAGAGGAGGGGGGAGUACUAUGUGUACAAGGAGCACAUCACGUGCUCUACGCUGAUGCUGAUCGAGAACGCACGUGACUCUCUGAGCUUCAGCGUCACUCACUACAGACGCCCAAAACAGCCAAUCACACUGCAGGCUCGCAGUCUGGAGGAGAAACAGCUCUGGUCCAAACACAUCAAACAGAUCAUUUUAGAACAUCACCAGAAGAUCAUCCCCCACAAGAGAAGAGACUUGUUCUUGGAGCAGAGUCCUUUCUGUCGUCUCCAGGAAAGUCCAGAAGAAGUCCUCAAGACGUCUCUUCACCAAGUGAGGACUGGAGGAGAACAGAUCAGGACCAGACCUGAACCAUUUGAGACCCUGAUCCCAGAACCAGACCAAGACCUCGACCAGAGGUGUGGACCAGAGCUCCAGGACUUUGAGGAACCUUCAUCCACAGACCGAGACCAAGGCCUUGGUCUAGACCUGGAUCAAGUCUGGGACUGUCAGAUCCUGAACUCCGAGACAGAGUCAGAGGAAGACCUGCUCUCAGAACCAGUCCUGAACCGGACUGAGACCGGACCAGAACUCGACUGGACUCCAGACCGGGAAAGUUCAAAAUCCAGACAUGAUCCGGAUAGCCCAGAUCAUCAGGAUCCAGUUUCUGCUCCAGACCUGGUCCCUGGUCCACACCUGGUCUCUGGUCCACACCUGGUCUCUGGGUCAGACCUGGCCUCUAGUCCAAUCAGGAGGCGGGACUCCAGCCUGUCCGUCAAAGAGCAACUGCUGAUGGAGAAGAUCCGGACUUUCUACGAGACCCAAGUGCAGACUGAGUCCAGGAUUGUGAGCCGCAGGGACAGUCUGGACCACAUCCCUCCAGGACUGGUCCAGACCUCGGUCUCCAAGAUCAACUCAGAGGCUCCUCACAACCUGGACUCGUCCCUUACCCUGGUCCAGGACCAGGAUUCAUCCCAGACCAUGGUCCAGGACCACGACUCGUCCCAGACCCUGGUCCAGGACCAAGACUUGUCUCAGACCCCGGUGCAGGUCCAGGACUCGUCCCAAACCCCGGUCCAGGACCAGGACUUGUCCCAGACCACGGCCCUAGACCAGUCCUGGUCUGAGGACUUGAGGCCCUGGUCUGAAAAGAUCCACAUUUGGAAAGAACUUGAUCGACAAAACCAGGUGAAGACCAGAGGAAGAACCCGACCAAGAUCGCCAUCGUAUAGCUGUGAGGCAGAUGAUGAAGAGGACCAGUCUCAGCCCAAUGUCCAGGUCUUGGUCCAGAGAUACAGUCAGCGCAUGAAGAUAGGGUCCAGGUCCAGGACCCGGACCAGGAUCCGAACUCGCAGCCUGAGGAUCCCAAAGACCCCUCCCACAGACCGGACCGAACCAGUCCAGACCUGGCUCUCUGAGGAGGACUGUCCAGGCCGGACUCACUCUGUGGACAGCGAUCAGAAAGAACGGGGGAGCUCCACACACAGAUCUCCAGAGGCCUUGGGACACUCUGUAGCUCUUUGUUGUGUUCCUAGUGAAGCCUGUCUUCAGGACAAUAUCCAAGACUAUGAAGAAUCUCAGAGGAUCUCAGUGGAACCGGAGACAGAACCAAUCAAGAAACAUCUGGAACCGACCAUGAAACAUCUUCAAAAGCAGAAGGCUCUAGAGAACCCAGAGUCUGAGUCCGAUCCAGGAUCAGGGGCUCAGUGCAGGUCUGAGGACUUUAUGUUUGAGGACUUCGGGUCUGAGGACUUCAGGUCUGAGGACUUCAGGUCUGAGGACUUCAGGUCUGAAAGCUUCAAGUCUGAGGACUUCGGGUCUGAGGACUUCAGGUCUGAGGACUUCAGGUCUGAGGACUUCAGAUCUGGGCCCAGCGUUCUGGAGACCACUCUGAAGUUUGAAAGGAAACGUUCAGAGACAUUCAGAGAAAACAGGAUCAGUCGUGAAGCUGAGGCCAAACGGUCGACCACCUCAGCGAGCCCAGGGUUCUCCAGGUUCAAGACCAUCGUCAACAAUCCGAACAAAACGCCAACAGAAGCAACCGGUCCAAAUUCUACCAAUCCAACCACAGCUUUCUCCAGCUCCACACACUCUGAGAACCACAAACCUACGCGACACACUCAGCUGAACCACUCUGACUCGACCAAGAAAAAGUCUCUCACUCCAAACCCAGAUCAAUCAACCGCAGCAUUCACCAGAUCCACAAACUCAGAGAAGCAAACGCCAACCACCUCAGCAAGCCCAGGGUCAACCAGGUCCAAGACCAUCAUGAACAGUCCGAUCAGAACACCAACAGAAGGAACCAUCUGGACCAACUCCGACCGGAAAGACUCCUCAGAUCAAACCACCUCCUGCCGUCCCAUCUCCAGCUCCACCUUUACGUACGCCAACUUCUGCCUCAGAAACACAAAGAACACAAAUCACACCCAGACAGCCUCAGCCCUCCCCAAGUCCAUUGACCAAACCGACCAAACGGGCCUCACCAGGGGAGGAGGAGAACCAGAAAGUCCAGGGAGAUGA